UAAUAUUCUGAGCUCGUAGCAGACUGGGUGUCUGGGACUCUGGGUAGUUUUUUUUUGUUAUUUUUACUACCUAAUCACUAAUGCAACAGAAUAAUAUUGCAGAAUGCUCGUAGUACAGAGUAUUUUUGUAGCAAGAAUUACGGUUCAAUUACCUGAUAGAGUUCUGUGUUUGGAAGAUUGUUUUUCUUUAUGAGUAUUCAUUUUAAGUUUUGGAUUCGUAGUGGAUUGCACUGUUAGUGCAGUGUAACAGCUAACGUUUCCUGGCAAAAAGUCUUGAGCAGCUUGUGAAUUAUGGAUUUCAUUACCCGUAUCCUGUGUAGGCGUCGCAGAGCUUGCAAAAACGAAAUGAGCCCAUACCCGAAAAAGGUGUCCGCUUAUAAAUCCGAUCUCAUUGCCCACAGUCAGAUCGCCAGUGGACACGAGCCGGACGAACGGCCACGCGAAUCGGCAGUUUCGCCUGAUCGCUUGCAGAAUACUGUUUUGAGAUUUGCUCCCUCCCAAGGAUCUUCCUUCUGCUCGGGCUCCGGAAGUAGUGUAUCUUCUGUUAUCAUUGGAAACCGUAAUAGGAAAUCAGUUAUUUGUUCAAGUAUUUCUCCAGUCAGGCGCAAUAGCUCGCACAUUUGUGAGUCAGACACAAAUUCGGAGGAGGAUGGCGAGGGCUUACCUGUGCAUAAAGUUCUACGUCGUUCAGACUCGACUGAACUGCCACACAGAACGGAAUAUGAUGCCAGACGGGCACCUCUGGAGCAGCACUCGCAAAAGUCUGCUACGAUUGAUCUCCCUCCCUUUUUAAGCGCGUACUGGGAUCUUACAAACCGACGAAAGAGCGCACUAGAAGGCGCUGUAAAAGCUGUGACAGCAGCAGUGGAUGCAGCUUACGGCGAUGAAAUCGAGCUGUGGUCAAAAUUCAUGGUAUCUGCCAUAGAAGACGGCCAGGUUCCGCUCCAACCACAGGCCACGCCUGAGCGAAUGCUGGAGAUUGCGGCGGAGUGUGUUCGACAUGGCAUGGUCCGUUUAGCGACUUUUGCAUCCAUGCUUCCUGGAUUUGGCGAUUUUAGCGUGGAAGAUAAAAAGAUUCUUGUAUCCGAAAAAUACCUCAUUCAUUGGCUGGUUCACCAUUCCCGGUUUAUAUAUAAAGGAGAGUUUUAUUAUUUGGUGGGGCCUGAAAAUGUCCACAGCAGUCGGUACUGGCUCAUCUCCGUUGGCCAGUUGGAACAGGAUUACGUGGAAUAUGUUAUCAGCUUUGCGGCAUCCUUAAACAGCCUUGGAUUGACGCUCGUAGAAACGUACCUGAUAUUGGCUGUGGCGCUGUUUCGGCCAGACACAUCCGGUGCUGCUAAUAAGGAUCUCUUGGAGCGAACUCACACUUAUUAUUUGGAUACUUUAUUUUUUCUAUUUGGCGAAAGAUUGAACAGUGUAGAGCGAGCAUUGACUUUCCGAAAGCUGGACUCCCUAAUGAGGCAGUUUCCUGUAGUGCAGAAACUAUCUGUAGAUUACGUUAGCACCCUGGACCUCACGCAGUUUCCCAUACGGUCUUCAUCGGUGACGUUUCGGGAAGUCGUCCUGGCAGCCCGCCGUCAUCUUCGGUAGAGCACGGAAAACAACAGGCGUGUUUCUGCAGAUUUCUUGCUCUUUCGCUAGGGUCACAUCCAACACGCACAAACGUCUUUUACCGGAUUUUGGUUCGUGCAGAUCUUGUGACUGCUCACAUCACUAUGAAACUCGUGUUGUUACAGCUGUGCUAACAAUUCGUUUAAAUAUUUCUGUAUAAAAUUAAAGUGUUAUUUCUGUGUUUUUAAAUGUUACUAGUGUAGUGGUGUCCAUGAACUACGUACAUCCGGUUCCGUUUUGUUUUACAGUAUUUGAAAUUUUCACGAGUAUGAAUUUAUUUUGUGGAUGGGCGCUAGAUACAGGGGUGCCGCGCCAAGUUCGGACAGCUUCUCUUAAAAAUCACUAUGGGUCACCCACCAACAAAUUACUAGUUAUUUAAUUUUUUUAUUAUUAGCAUAUGUGUUAUGCACCUUUUUCACUAUGGAUCGCAAGGCCGAGGGCGUGGCUUGUUUUACAGCGAGAUUUAAAAUGAAGCAGACCUGAAUAAAAAUGCGGUUCGACCCAAGGACCGUCCAUGU